CGCUUCGUCCCAGUGUGACUUAUACAGUGCGAACAACAACAUGUCUGCAACCGAAUUUAAGUUAUACGAUAACGUAUUUAUAGAAACUAAUAUACAAUCAAUUGAUUAUGACGCUGUGAUCCUUAUUCUCUACCCGGAGGAUUUGAAUGUACCUUUGCCAAGGCAUAUCGGGAGUUUUAUCGAUAAUAUUGCGAAAGUCGAUAAGCACAUUCACAAGACAGCUACAGUCUGGAAUUGUGAGUACGUUUCUGGAGGAAGACUUGUGCUGUCUCCAACUGGAAAGAUAACGCCGUAUCAUGACGCAAGAGUGGUUAAAGAUGCAGCUAUCAAAGGGAUGCAACGAGCUCUCGAUGCAGGAGCGAAGAAACCGCUGUUGGUUGUUCAAAAUGUUGUAAGAUUCCCAGUUGGUCAGCUGGUCUGCAUACUUGGGGCAUUGGAGUCCUUGUACGUGCCACUACAGAUCAGAGAGAGAGAUGCAACGAAGAAUUUCUUGAGGAUCGGACUUCAUUCCGAAGAGCAAUUGAGCGAGAAAUUUGAAAGGACAGUCCGCAAUGCGAUCGCGAUCGAAAAAUCUAGAAUUUUCACUCGAGACAUCGCCGGUUCUGACCCAGAGCGAAUGACUCCUAACAACAUCGCUGAGUAUGUUAAAACUACGUUUCAAGGUGACAGUAACAUAACUCUAAAUGUCAUCGAUGACAUGGAAACUAUCAACAAGGAGUAUCCUCUUUUAGCAGCGGUGUCUAGAGCGUCCAGUCAAAUUGAGAGACACAGACCGAGGGUCGUUGAAAUUGAAUAUCGACCUUCGGAUUUAGCAAGGGUCACGAGUACAUUACUUUUAGUUGGCAAAGGAGUGACGUAUGACACUGGUGGUGCGGAUUUAAAGAUUUCGGGUAAGAUGGCAGGUAUGGCUCGCGACAAGUGUGGUGCCGCGGCUGUAGCUGGCUUCCUCAAAGCUUGCGCAAUCCUCAAACCUCCACAUUUGAAGGUAAUUGGUGUUCUAUGCCUCUGCCGAAACUCCAUCGGUGAAGAUUCGUACGUGCCGGAUGAAUUACUCAUUUCGCGUAGUGGGAAAACUGUAAGAGUUACAAACACAGACGCUGAAGGAAGAUUUGCGAUGGCCGAUGCACUUUUUAAAAUGGGCGAAAUCGCUGAUACUGAAUUAAACCCGCAUAUUUACACGAUAGCCACUUUGACUGGACAUGCUAGACUGUGUUACGGUAAUUACACAGCUGCUUUAGAUAAUUUCAGUGCUGUGGGUCAUUCAAGAGACCUGCAGUCAACUGGAGGCAAAGUUGCUGAGGGCUUCGAGGACUCAGUAAUACGUCCUGAAGAUUUUUCUGUAAAUGUUGGCAAAUGCCGAGGCGAUGACCUUAUACAAGUUGAUACGGACGCUAAAUGCCGUCAUCAUCAGCUCGCUGCGGGCUUCCUUAUCAAAGUAGGAGGGUUGGAAACCAAGAAUAUUAAGUAUACUCAUUUGGAUAUAGCUGGGGCGGCCGGCGCACCCCCCUGCGAGCCAUCUGCCGUCCCAAUAGUUACUUUGUGUCAGAUACAUAAGGUCUUAAUGUGAUAAGCAAGUGAUUUAUUAAUGAUAUUUUUGAUAAUUUUACUGCAUUG